AUGACAGUUGAUGUCUUCCACAAUUGCCCCCAACAAGUAGUCAUGAUAGUAUCAGAACCGGGAGCGGCUCCGUGGGUGCUGUGUGGUGUGUACGCGAGUACAGAUUACAGGGCUCGGAGAGUCCUCUGGCAGGAGAUCACCAACCUUGCCACCCAGGGUGUCCCGAUGGUGAUGGUUGGUGAUUUUAAUUGUAUUCAGGGUGAGGAUGAGAAGCGGGGGGGUGCCGCCUUUACAGAUAGGAUGGAUAGGAGGGAGUUUCGCGAUUUUAUAUUGCGGAACGGCCUGGUUGACCUAGGUUUUUCCGGACAAAAGUUUACCUGGUGCAAUAACCAGUCAGGUAGCGCUAGAGUCUGGGAGCGUUUAGAUAGGGCCCUUGCAUCCCCUGAUUGGGUCCUCCGUUUCCCUACUUCCCGGGUCAGGCAUCUGCCCCGGAUUGCUUCAGACCAUUGCCCCUUGCUUCUAUCCACUUCAUCGGCACAUACCCACCAUAGCCCCUUCCGCUUUGAGAAGGUUUGGCUAUCGUACCCCCAGUCGUGGGACGUAGUUCGUGACGCAUGGCGUACUCCGGUGCGUGGCGAUGCCAUGCAGCAGGUGUCGCGCCGACUGGAGUUGACUAAGAGGCGUCUCCGCCGUUGGAAUCGUGUGGUUGUGGGCGACAUAUUUCGGCGUGUGGAGGGGGUAGAGUCCUCGAUUGUGGAGCUGCAGAGGAAAGAGGACCUGAGGGGUGUACUCUCGGAGGACGAUAUGUCCAACCUCCGGGGAUUGCUAGCGACUCACCACUCCCUACUACGGCAGCAUGAGAUCUUCUGGCGUCAGAAAUCCCCGAGUGCAGUGGGUGAGUGA